AUGCCGUCAGAUAGAUGGCAGCACCGACGCAACGCAGAAGGUGAGCGCGAAUCGGCUUCCACGUCUCGCACCACCAACGACGACAACAGGUUCAGCGAAUCGUCAAGGUCUGCACAUCGCUCAAGGUACUCUCCAACAUCCGAUCGAUAUGACAACAGUCAGCUCGACUUUCCCAACAAGCAGCGUCGGAUCGACCACAGCGACACACGCCGUUUCGGCGCAUCUGCCCGUGUUUACAACAAUGAUCGCCCAGGCCCGUCAUCGCCUCACCGCACAGAAAGCAUUCGCGACACCACCAAGCCGCCAGCUCUGACUAUUCGAGGCGUCGCAUCCACUCAAGUCACGUCUUCUUCAAAGAUGUCCAGGGGAGACGACGAUAGACCUCGACGAGUCCGUAGCCGUAGCCUCGCACGUAGUCCAGAUCUUUUCGACCGCCUCGCCCAUCCCGCUCGCCCCCAGGACGACACCAACGGCUCAAGCCGCUACCAUACCGACAGCUCCCGACGUUCUCGACUUGACAAUGAGCGAGCGGGUACAUCGGAUUCGUCCAGGCGUGGCCCUACCAAGCUAGCCCCACGCGGUCGAUAUGAUGAAAGUGGCCGACGCAUUGAUGACGCCAGCGACACAAGAGACCGCAACCAAGCCAGCGGCGUACCUACUUCACCACACAGACAUGAUGCAGGCGCACGACGAGAACGUGAGCGUUCUAGCUCACCUACCGAUACCGACCGUCCACACUAUCGCGCAGCUGAUGUCGACCAAGAUUCGCGCCUCCGCGACAAUCGAUCGUCACGCAACGACCGCAGUCGUAUCUCACGCCGCUCUCCCAGCCCCACAUCUGCUGAAGCAUACAGAAGUCGGUGGAACAGCUCUUCUGACAGAUACGACCGAGGUGACCGCCGCAGAUCUCCGCCGCCACAGUCUGACGACAGGUAUGCGCCAGAAGACAGCAACCGACGCGAGCGCAGAUGGGGUCUGCGAGCGCAAGUAGGGGAUCGAGAUGACGAUGCUGCAACCAGUCGCAGACGUAGGACACCUUCGCCGUCGGCGAGAUCCGAUGUUUCCAACCGCUCACGUCGGCGCGACCGUGACGUGGAGCCUCUGCAGUUGCCUGCUCGCGAUCGAGACGAGGAACAGCCAUCCGAACGUGGUCCACGCUAUCGACCCGCUCGAUGGAGAAUGGACAACUACGACUCGACAGACGACAGCCCUCGUGUUCGCGAACGAGAUACCAGCAAUGGUGGACAGCGUCAACGAUCCCCUGAUGCUCAUCGAGCGCGAAUACUGCCUCGAUCUGGUCGUCUCGACCAAGGCACUGCAGAGCGCGGUCACAUCCUAACUCGCAAGUCGGGAGUCGGUGCAACUUUUGAUGGCAAACAACCACCCACGGGCCCACGACAAGAUUUUGAGCCGAGCCAGCGCAGCGUGCGAGGAGGAGGAUGGCAGACCGUUCGUCCGGGUUCUCGACGAAAAUGGGACGCACCAGCAAGAGACGGCGAACCAGCUGCUGGCACACGCAAUGGUCAUGAGAGCGGUGCAGUUGAUGCAGAAGUCGACUCAACCAAAUCGACGCGCGCGGCAUUGUCGGUAGCAACGAUCGAACCACUCCGCGCCGAACCGGGCGAAGCAUACGAAAGCAUCCACCAGGUCGGUGAAGGCACGUAUGGUCAAGUGUUUAAAGCGCGUGCCGAGCGAACCGGCGCGCUGGUCGCUCUGAAAAAGAUCCGCAUGGACAGCGAAAAGGACGGCUUCCCCGUGACCGCAAUGCGAGAGAUCAGACUACUCCAAGCUUUGUGUCACGAUAAUGUGGUGCGCUUGCACGAGAUAAUGCUUUCGCGCACAUCCGUUUACAUGGUGUUCGAGUACAUGGAGCACGAUCUCAACGGUAUCCUCGCGCAUCCGCAGGUGUCGUUCAGCCAAGCGCAUCUCAAAUCUCUUGCGCAUCAACUGUUUUCCGGACUCGACUACUUGCACCGUAAAGCGGUAUUGCAUCGCGAUCUGAAAGGAUCCAACAUCCUACUCAACAAUCAAGGUCGAUUGAAGCUCGCCGAUUUUGGUCUCGCACGGUUCUAUGCGAAACGUCGCGCGGGAGAUUACACGAAUCGAGUGGUAACGUUGUGGUAUCGACCUCCCGAGCUGUUGUUCGGAGCCACCCAGUACGGCUCCGAGGUGGACAUGUGGGGAGCAGGAUGCAUUUUUGUCGAGCUGUUCGUCAAGAAGCCCGUGUUCCAGAGCGAGACCGAGUUGGGACAGGUGCAUGCGAUCACCGACAUUCUCGGCCCUGUGACCAAGAAGAACUGGCCAGAAGUGGACACGUUGGCAUGGUACGAGAUGGUGAAACCUGCGACCGAGAAAGAGGAGGAUCAAGAGAGGGAUUACGUGAAGCGCGCGUUCGCAAGGUAUCUUCCCGCAUCAGCGCUCGAGGUAGCGAGUGGACUGCUGACGUACAACCCUCGGAAGAGGUGGUCAGCCAAGCAGGCAAUGUCGGCAGUAUACUUUGAGGAGGAGCCACAGGCGGAGUUGCCUGCAGGAUUGCUGUCGAGCCUGCAAGGCGAAUGGCACGAGUACGAGUCAAGAAGGGCCAAAAAGAAGUCUUCAGCAUCCCGAGGCACAGACAACGCGGCUGUGCUAAUCACGGCUGGCUCGACAGUACAAAACCAGUAG